CGAUAGCAAAGUUUUUUUUUCGUUUAGUGUUUUGUCGAGGUGCCUGCGAGAAGAAAAAUUUAACAAUUUUAUCUAUUUAAUUUAAGUAGUUUUAAUUAAUACAAACAGCAAAAUGAAAGUUUUAUAUAAAACCUUGCUGUUUGCAGUGACAUUAAUGGCUGGCUUUUUAAUCCUGAGCACAACGGCCCAAAGUAAACAAAAGGUCGGUCUAUCGAUAUCGGAAAAGGUGCAAAACUUAAUGGAGAUGAAUAAUAAAAAGGCUCUCUUACGUUUUAAUGGCCAAAAGUUUAGGGAAUAUGUUAAGAAUUCACCGCGUAACUAUUCGAUGAUUGUUAUGUUAACUGCCUUGGCACCUUCACGUCAAUGUCAAAUCUGUAGACAUGCCCAUGAUGAAUUCCAAAUUGUCGCCCAAUCUUAUAGAUUUUCACCGGUCUACUCUAACAAGGUGUUCUUUGCCAUGGUUGAUUUUGAUGAAGGUUCAGAUGUUUUUCAAAUGUUACGCUUGAAUACCGCACCGGUCUUUAUGCAUUUCCCCGCCAAGGGUAAACCAAAGGGUGCUGAUACUAUGGAUAUACAUCGUGUUGGUUUUGCUGCUGAUGCUAUAGCUAAAUUUGUGGCCGAACGUACCGAUGUACAGAUACGUGUAUUCCGUCCACCUAAUUAUUCUGGUACGGUGGCUAUGAUUACCUUGGCUGCCCUGGUUGGUGGCUUUUUAUAUAUGAGACGUAAUAAUUUGGAAUUCUUGUACAACAAAUCAAUAUGGGGUGCCAUAGCGGUGUUUUUCUGUUUUACCAUGAUUUCGGGACAAAUGUGGAAUCACAUACGUGGUCCACCUUUGGUACAUAAAUCACAAAAUGGUGGUGUUGCCUACAUACACGGCUCAUCACAGGGUCAAUUAGUUGUAGAGACCUAUAUUGUAUUAGGUUUAAAUGCUUUAAUUUUCUUUGGCAUGGUUUUACUAACGGAAGCUGGAAGUCAAACGGACCAGCGCAAAGGACGUAUUAUGGCCAUAGUUGGUUUAGCUUUUCUGGCUAUUUUCUUUUCAUUUCUGUUAUCGGUAUUUCGCUCUAAAGCUCAGGGUUAUCCUUACAGUUUUCUUUUUAAAUAAAUUAAAUGCACUGAGUUCAAAAAUUCCUGAAGACGAGAUAAUAAAUAAAACAUUUUUGAAAUAUUAUAGAUUUUCCUAUAUAUUUCAAAUUUUGCAAAUGAA